AUGCCCACCCCUUCUCCAAAUAACGAGUCCAGAGUUGGAGCUACGAUAUCGCACAUAUCGUGCCCCCCUGAAGAUGACAGGUCUACUUGGAGCAUACCAGAGAUGGAAGGUACACACGAUUCUCCGAUUCUAGAUUCAAGAGCUACACAACAACCCACACCUCCACCUCAUGAUUUACGAAGAGUUGAUAUGACACCGACUUCUCAAACUCAUCUGCGAAACACCAAAAGCAUGGAUAUCGAUGAUGAAGCAAAUGGGCCCGAUAUAUUAUCUCCUGUCAGUGCGGAAGGAGAUAAGCAGGAUGAAGCUGAAAUGCAUACCGCCACUAAUCCACGGAUUCCAUCGCCAUCCUUAGGUUACGAUUUUUCGAACGUUAGAAUGUUACCAUCGUCACCAUCUUCCAAAUUACGACCGGGUAGCAAAUUUCAUGGCACACAACAAUCAGAACGACAGGUUUAUGACGUACAGGUCGAAAUUAAACACGUCGACAUGAGAGAAUCAUUUUUGUGUGGAUAUUUACGCAUUCAAGGCCUGACCGAAGACCACCCUACUCUUACGACCUAUUUUGAAGGUGAAAUCAUUGGAUCAAAAUAUUCAUUCUUCACCCAACACGAAGAUUGGGGGUCUACAGACAAAGUCGAUUUAACACACUGGGCAAAGUUUCAAGCCUUCCGCCCUUUUCAAAAGUCUGCGAAGAAAGGAAACUGUCAUAUACCAAAUCUAGCACAACGAGAUAAUAUUUUUAUGAGAUGGAAGGAACACUUCCUAGUUCCUGAUCAUCGUGUUAGGACAAUUAGCGGUGCAAGUUUCGAAGGCUUCUAUUACAUUUGCUUUAAUCAGGUUGAGGGAAGAGUUAGUGGAAUAUAUUUUCACGCGAAGAGCGAGAAAUUUCAACAGCUAGAGUUGAAACAUGUUGAGGACAGGGGGUGUUUCCAGGCAGUGGAGUUUAGAUGA